AUGAAAGUCUUUAGCUUUCUGCUGUUUCUUCUGAGCCAAUCAGCGUCCGCCCUUCGCUAUGACCAACAGUUAUUACAAUGGGAUCUUGACGAGAACAAGACUGCGCAGAAUGUUGUUGACUACUGGAGCAAAUGGCCAGAACAUACUUAUCAACCUUCUCCUUCAAACUGGCGAUUUCCCUUCUACACGAUUUUCCUUGAUAGAUUCGUCGACGGUGAACCCGAGAACAAUGAUAUCAAUGACACACUCGACUACAUACAAGGUAUUGGUAUUAAAGGGAUGUACAUCGCCGGUACCCCCUUCGCCAAUUACCCGUGGAAGUCAGAUAGUUAUUCGCCAUCAGACUAUAGCCUGUUGGACAGACACUACGGUACCAUACAGCAGUGGAGAUCUACCAUCGAUGAGAUCCACAGGCGAGGGAUGUACGUGACGGCCGACAGUACAUAUGGCACUAUGGUAGACUUGCUCGGAUUCAAGGGAUUUCUCAAUAGUACCGCGCCUUUGAACCCGCUCGAAUACCAAACAGUUUGGAAGGGAGAUGAGAGAUAUUUCGACUUCAUGCCGGGUGAUGAAUAUAAACAAGAAUGCCAAUAUCCCACCUUUUAUACCGAAGAGGGAAGACCCGUUCAAAAUGGCUCCGAUUCUUUCUUCGAUGAACUCAAAGGUUGUUAUGACAGUGAAUUUGAUCUGUAUGGAGCCAUAGAUUCGAUCGACCUCGCACCUGACUGGAAAAAGUCUCUCGCCAAAACAGGCUUGGUUCAGGAUCGACUUCGUGAAUGGGUUCCAUCUGUGAGAGAAAAGAUUGAACAUUUCACCUGCAUGUUGAUAACAUCACUGGACAUUGACGCGCUUCGUAUUGACAAAGCAGGUCAGAUUAGCGUCGAUGCGCUUGCAAGUUCUUCUCGAGCGAUUCGCGAAUCAACUCAUACGCGUCGAUUUAUUUCCGGUCGCGGGCGCGAGCCUGAGAUGAGGCCGCAGAAUCCGACCCAAGCGAUUUCUCUCACCAACAGUUCAGACGAUCAGUACUUCCUGCGGGAAUCCGAAGGGCAUGCAAUGGAUGACGCGGUAUUCCACUACAGCAUCUAUCGAGCGCUCACCAGGUUUUUGGGCUUGGAUGGUAACUACACGGCACCAGGGGACACAAGUAUUGACUUCGUGGAUGCCUGGAAUGACAUUCUCGUAUCCAAUGACCUCAUCAACAUCAAUACCGGCAAGUUUGACCCAAGACACAUGAUGGGUACGGCCAAUCAGGAUACAUUUCGAUGGCCAUCUAUAAGACAAGGAACGGAAAAGAUGCAGUUGGGGCAAUUUAUCACCUCCCUUCAUCUACCUGGGAUUCCUCUUCUGCUCUGGGGCGAAGAGCAAAACUUCUACCUCCUUGAUAGCACUAGUUCUCUCGAAUCUGCAUUAGUCGGUUGCUACGACAAUGAAGUCGGCCUCGACCACCGGGAUCCCACCCAUCCCGUGCGCAAUAUCAUCAAAUCAUUCUACCAUCUUCGCGAAAACGUUCCCUCUUUGAAGGACGGCUUCUACCUCGAAAGCCUGUCAAGAGCACCCACAAUUGGAAACAGCUCCGUGGAAUACGACUUUGACUGCAGCUCGCCCUUCAACGGCUUUCUGGCACCUUUCAGUGGCGGAGUCAAAGUUCGAAAUCUGCUGGCGCCUUACGACGAAAUUGUAUUGCAAUCAAGUCAGGUCAAACUAGGGAUCCAUGGGUCAACUGAUUACAAUGGAUGUUUGGGUCCAAGUACUUUCCAAGCCGUUGACUUCCGCGCCUACGUUCCAUCGUCACGAUGGAUCUCCCCUCCCGUGGUGAUGACCGAGUUUCUGCUCGGAUAUGACGCCCGAAUUGAAUCGAACACUAAUAUCAGCGAAGGAGAGAGCAUUGAUCUAGAGCUCCGAUUCUCAGAAAAGCUGGAUUGCGACUGUCACCGAGAGUAUAAUUAUAGCAUCCGAAAUUCAGAGUGA